AUUUGUAGAAAUCAUUCAGAAAAUGGCCAGCUGAACUGCUCGGGGAUAAAGUGAACUUUGAAGUUUGUCAGUUUUUCUUUUUUAGAACUGCUGGACGGUCCUAACAUUGGAAAUUUCUGACCCACUUUCUGACCCAAUUCCCAGCUUUUCCCCCUCAUAGAAGCGCAAUGAAGUCUCCAGCCAACCUGCAAACCUGUCCAGCAAAAUCCGGUGAUUCUGAUAUCGAGGAACUUGAAAGUGGGAGUGAGGAUAGCCAGAAUGGCAGCACUGGGAAAAGGAAGAGGAAGAGUCAUUCAACCGGUAUUAACAAACAACGGCAAGCUGCGAAUGCGAGAGAGCGGGACAGAACCCAUAGUGUAAACACAGCAUUCACAGCUCUCAGGACUCUCAUUCCCACCGAACCCGCAGACCGUAAACUAUCGAAGAUAGAGACUUUGCGUUUGGCCUCCAGUUAUAUUUCCCAUCUGGCAAACGUCCUUCUCCUGGGAGAGGAUUGUCUGGACGGGCAGCCCUGUUUAAAAUAUCGAGCUGUCAUGCAAGGCAGCAAUAGUGAUGUAAACACUGCAGCGCCCAGACCUAUAUGCACCUUCUGCCUGAGUAAUCAAAGGAAAAUGCAAAUCUAGAUAUCAAGAAAAGCAUUCCGACUGACCCCUGAGGAAUCCUACUGUAUGAAGUCUGACCCAAUUGUGUCUUUCAAAGGGGAAUAACACAAACACCUGAGAUGAAAGAAUUUGAUGGAGAGGAGUGGGGCGUGCUACCAGCUGAGUUGCUCUUGCAGAAAGGCAGCAUGGACAUGACAGGCUGAAGAGCAUCCUCUGUGUAACACAAGGAGCAUACAGAUGGCCUGAAGAUCAUGAAGCAGGGAUUCUUUAUUCCACUAGUAUCAGGACUUAAUAUACGAGAGGGAAAUUAAGAUUCAACGAGGAAUACUUAUAUGGAAUUAACCCUAUAGUUCACAUCUGUUUGAGGAAAUCUUUUAUUUUUCUUUCCCUUUCUCCAUGAAGUUGCUUUCUGACAAUGAUUCUUUAUCAUCCAAGAAGAUAACUUGACUUCUCCAGUUCCCCUACUCAGUGUCCUCCCUUCCAGUUGCCACCUGCUGCUGGAGGUGGUUUGAUAGCAUCUGUGAUGUAAUUAUUCUAUAAUUCAAUUUGAAAUUUUAGGUAGUUACUCACGGCAGCUUAAUUGUGUAACAAAUAUUGUAAGUCACUUUAUCAGCCAAAUUAAUAGCACUGGCCACUUUGACUGCAAAGAUUUCUUACGUCCCUGGUUCUUCAUCUACAAGUAUUUCUUCCAGGAAGUAAUGGUUGCGUUCCUUUGUGACCCAGCACACUGUACAAAAAUCAAUACAGCGUAUUACAAAUACAUUUAAAAUGUUGCUGUUAUCACGUUAUAUUCAACACACACUUUAAAAGUUCACAUUUUAGAAACAGCGUUCCCUAUUCACGCAAUUACAUUACAGCCAAUUCACAUUAAUGAAAGAUGUAUUAUGCAGAACUACCUGAUUUGCCUCACUGGCUGCCUGCAUAUGAAUG